AUGCCGGCUAAGUAUUUACCAGGUGGAAAAAAAGCUCAUGAAGGAAUUAACUUUGUUCCGGGGACUGAUGAAAAAGGAUUUCCAAUUAUGAAAAUAGAAGUUGGUGAUUAUGGCAAAAAAGUUGGUCAAUUAAUAAGGAAAGUUGUCAAACAGUUAGCCGACGAUGGUUGCAACCUUAUUCUUGAUGAAGUAAUUUGGGAUAAAAAAGAUUUAGAAAAUUAUGCUUCACUUUUGCAAAAUCACCAAGUUUAUUAUGUGAAAGUAAAUUGUGAAUUAUCAAUAAUGGAAGAAAGGGAAAUACUUCGCGGAGACCGAGCCUGA